UUUGAGACCAGCAGCCAGUGGGGACAGGCUCGGCUCUGCUCCUCGCGCUGCUGCUUCUGUGCUGGGGAGCUUUCUCCAGGGAAGCCUGAGGGACUCUUUCUGGAACCAUGAAGGGGGCCCACUGGAGGAGUUUCCCCUGGGUGCUCCUGUGCUCCUUCCUCCUUGGGCCAUCGGACACCAACACAAUAGGAUCGACUUCAUGUCAUACAAGUAGUAAAACCCCGUCCACAACGACAACAGAGGUGUCCACCACAACAGCAUCCACAGACUCUACAGCAAAAACCUUAGAGGCCACAUCACAGCUUGGAACUACAAGUCUUCCAACAGCCACCUCAGAGGUUUCCACGACAAAACCAGAAACAUCAACUGUUCCAACACCCAGCUCCCACACCCAGGAAACACCUGUAUCUCCUCCAACCAGCCUCUCCCCAGAGGGGACCACAUCAACCUUAUCAACCUCCAUGAGUGGAAAGACUCAGCCAGUGACCCUUUCUGCAGAGACAUCCCCUCAGGGGGAAGCCACCAGCUUGUCCUCUUCCAGUGUCAGCAACACACCCACAGUGACAAGAGAGGUGCCCACCACAACAGCAUCCACAGAUUCUACGGCAGAAAACACAGGGACAACAUCACAGCCUGGAACUGAAAGUCUUCCAACAGCCACCUCAGGGGUUUCCGGGACAACAGGAUCAGAACCAUCAACUGUUCCUCCACCCAGCUCCUCCACCCAGGAAACAACUUCAUCUCCUCCACCCAGCCCCUCCCCAGAGGGGACCACAUCAAAACUUUCAACCUCCCUGAGUGGAAACACUCUGCCAGUGACCCUAUCUGCAGAGACAUCCCUUCCUGGUGAGUCCACCAGCUUGUCCUAUGCCAGUGUCACCAACACACCCACAGUGACAACAGAGGUGCCCACCAAGACAGCAUCCACAGACUCCACUGCAGAAAACACAGGAGCCACAUCACAGACUGGAACUGUAAGGCAUGUAACAGCCACUUCAGGGGUUUCUGGGACAACAGGACCAGAACCAUCAACUGUUCCAACACCCAGCUCCUCCACCCAGGAAACAACUUCAUCUCCUCCACCCAGCCCCUCCCCAGAGGGGACCACAUCAAAACUUUCAACCUCCCUGAAUGGAAACAUUCUGCCAGUGACUCUUUCUGCAGAGACAUCCCCUCAUGGUGAGCUCACCAGCUUGUCCACUUCCAGUGUCAGCAACACACCCACAGUGACAACAGAGGUGUCCAUCACAACAGCAUCCAUAGACUCCAUUGCAGAAAACACAGGGACCACAUCACAGCCUGGAACUGCAAGUCCUCCAACAGCCACCUCAGGGGUUUCCGGGACAACAGGACCAGAACCAUCAACUGUUCCAACACCCAGCUCCUCCACCCAGGAAACAUCUGCAUCUCCUCCUCCCAGCCCCUCCCCAGAGGGGACCACAUCAACCCUAUCAACCUCCCUGAAUGGAAACACUCUGCCAGUGACCCUUUCUGCAGAGACAUCCCUUCCUGGUGAGUCCACCAGCUUGUCCUAUGCCAGUGUCAACAACACACCCACAGUGACAACAGAGGUGCCCAUCAUGACAGCAUCCACAGACUCCACUGCAGAAAACACAGGAGCCACAUCACAGACGGGAACUGUAAGUCAUGUAACAGCCACUUCAGGGGUUUCUGGGACAACAGGACCAGAACCAUCAACUGUUCCAACACCCAGCUCCUCCACCCAGGAAACAACUUCAUCUCUUCCACCCAGCCCCUCCCCAGAGGGGACCACAUCAAAACUUUCAACCUCCCUGAAUGGAAACAUUCUGCCAGUGACUCUUUCUGCAGAGACAUCCCCUCCUGGUGAGCUCACCAGCUUGUCCACUUCCAGUGUCAGCAACACACCCACAGUGACAACAGAGGUGUCCACCACAACAGCAUCCAUAGACUCCACUGCAGAAAACACAGGGACCACAUCACAGCCUGGAACUGCAAGUCUUCCAACAGCCACCUCAGGGGUUUCCGGGACAACAGGACCAGAACCAUCAACUGUUCCAACACCCAGCUCCUCCACCCAGGAAACAUCUGCAUCUCCUCUUCCCAGCCCCUCCCCAGAGGGGACCACAUCAACCCUAUCAACCUCCCUGAAUGGAAACACUCUGCCAGUGACCCUUUCUGCAGAGACAUCCCUUCCUGGUGAGUCCACCAGCUUGUCCUAUGCCAGUGUCAUCAACACACCCACAGUGACAACAGAGGUGCCCACCAUGACAGCAUCCACAGACUCCACUGCAGAAAACACAGGAGCCACAUCACAGACUGGAACUGUAAGUCAUGUAACAGCCACUUCAGGGGUUUCUGGGACAACAGGACCAGAAGCAUCAACUGUUCCAACAUCCAGCUCCUCCACCCAGGAAACAACUUCAUCUCCUCCACCCAGCCCCUCCCCAGAGGGGACCACAUCAAAACUUUCAACCUCCCUGAAUGGAAACACUCUGCCAGUGACUCUUUCUGCAGAGACAUCCCCUCCUGGUGAGCUCACCAGCUUGUCCACUUCCAGUGUCAGCAACACACCCACAGUGACAACAGAGGUGUCCACCACAACAGCAUCCAUAGACUCCACUGCAGAAAACACAGGGACCACAUCACAGCCUGGAACUGCAAGUCUUCCAACAGCCACCUCAGGGGUUUCCGGGACAACAGGACCAGAACCAUCAACUGUUCCAACACCCAGCUCCUCCACCCAGGAAACAACUUCAUCUCCUCCUCCCAGCCCCUCCCCAGAGGGGACCACAUCAACCCUAUCAACCUCCCUGAAGGGAAACUCUCUGCAAGUGACCCUUUCUACGGAGACAUCCCCUCCUGAUGAAUCUACCAGCCUGUCCUCUUCCAGUGUCAGCAACAUACCCACAGUGACAACAGAGGUGUCCACCACGAUAGCAUCCACAGACUCCACUGCAGAAAACACAGGGACCACAUCACAGCCUGGAACUGCAAGUCUUCCAACAGCCACCUCAGGGGUUUCCGGGACAACAGGACCAGAACCAUCAACUGUUCCAACACCCAGCUCCUCCACCCAGGAAACAUCUGCAUCUCCUCUUCCCAGCCCCUCCCCAGAGGGGACCACAUCAACCCUAUCAACCUCCCUGAAUGGAAACACUCUGCCAGUGACCCUUUCUGCAGAGACAUCCCUUCCUGGUGAGUCCACCAGCUUGUCCUAUGCCAGUGUCAUCAACACACCCACAGUGACAACAGAGGUGCCCACCAUGACAGCAUCCACAGACUCCACUGCAGAAAACACAGGAGCCACAUCACAGACUGGAACUGUAAGUCAUGUAACAGCCACUUCAGGGGUUUCUGGGACAACAGGACCAGAAGCAUCAACUGUUCCAACAUCCAGCUCCUCCACCCAGGAAACAACUUCAUCUCCUCCACCCAGCCCCUCCCCAGAGGGGACCACAUCAAAACUUUCAACCUCCCUGAAUGGAAACACUCUGCCAGUGACUCUUUCUGCAGAGACAUCCCCUCCUGGUGAGCUCACCAGCUUGUCCACUUCCAGUGUCAGCAACACACCCACAGUGACAACAGAGGUGUCCACCACAACAGCAUCCAUAGACUCCACUGCAGAAAACACAGGGACCACAUCACAGCCUGGAACUGCAAGUCUUCCAACAGCCACCUCAGGGGUUUCCGGGACAACAGGACCAGAACCAUCAACUGUUCCAACACCCAGCUCCUCCACCCAGGAAACAACUUCAUCUCCUCCUCCCAGCCCCUCCCCAGAGGGGAACACAUCAACCCUAUCAACCUCCCUGAAGGGAAACUCUCUGCCAGUGACCCUUUCUACGGAGACAUCCCCUCCUGAUGAAUCUACCAGCCUGUCCUCUUCCAGUGUCAGCAACAUACCCACAGUGACAACAGAGGUGUCCACCACGAUAGCAUCCACAGACUCCACUGCAGAAAACACAGGGACCACAUCACAGCCUGGAACUGCAAGUCUUCCAACAGCCACCUCAGGGGUUUCCGGGACAACAGGACCAGAACCAUCAACUGUUCCAACACCCAGCUCCUCCACCCAGGAAACAACUUCAUCUCCUCCACCCAGCCCCUCCCCAGAGGGGACCACAUCAACCCUUUCAACCUCCCUGAGUGGAAACACUCUGCCAGUGACCCUUUCUGCAGAGACUUCCCUUCCUGGUGAGUCCACCAGCUUGUCCUAUGCCAGUGUCACCAACACACCCACAGUGACAACAGAGGUGCCCACCAUGACAGCAUCCACAGACUCCACUGCCGAAAACACAGGAGCCACAUCACAGACUGGAACUGCAAGUCAUGUAACAGCCACUUCAGGGGUUUCUGGGACAACAGGACCAGAACCAUCAACUGUUCCAACAUCCAGCUCCUCCACCCAGGAAACAUCUGCAUCUCCUCCUCCCAGCCCCUCCCCAGAGGGGACCAUAUCAACCCUGUCAACCUCCCUGAAUGGAAACACUCUGCCAAUGACUCUUUCUGCAGAGACAUCCCCUCCUGGUGAGCUCACCAGCUUGUCCACUUCCAGUGUCAGCAACACACCCACAGUGACAACAGAGGUGUCCACCACAACAGCAUCCAUAGACUCCACUGCAGAAAACACAGGAGCCACAUCACAGACUGGAACUGUAAGUCAUGUAACAGCCACUUCAGGGGUUUCUGGGACAACAGGACCAGAACCAUCAACUCUUCCAACACCCAGCUCCUCCACCCAGGAAAGAACUUCAUCUCCUCCACCCAGCCCCUCCCCAGAGGGGACCACAUCAACCCUAUCAACCUCCCUGAAGGGAAACUCUCUGCAAGUGACCCUUUCUACGGAGACAUCCCCUCCUGAUGAAUCCACCAGCCUGUCCUCUUCCAGUGUCAGCAACAUACCCACAGUGACAACAGAGGUGUCCACCACGAUAGCAUCCACAGACUCCACUGCAGAAAACACAGGGACCACAUCACAGUCUGGAACUGCAAGUCAUGUAACAGCCACCUCAGGGGUUUCCGGGACAACAGGACCAGAACCAUCAACUGUUCCAACACCCAGCUCCUCCACCCAGGAAACAACUUCAUCUCCUCCACCCAGCCCCUCCCCAGAGGGGACCACAUCAACCCUUUCAACCUCCCUGAGUGGAAACACUCUGCCAGUGACCCUUUCUGCAGAGAGAUCCCCUCAUGGUGAGCUCACCAGCUUGUCCACUUCCAGUGUCAGCAACAUACCCACAGUGACAACAGAGGUGUCCACCACAACAGCAUCCAUAGACUCCACUGCCGAAAACACAGGGACCACAUCACAGUCUGGAACUGCAAGUCAUGUAACAGCCACCUCAGGGGUUUCCGGGACAACAGGACCAGAACCAUCAACUGUUCCAACAUCCAGCUCCUCCACCCAGGAAACAUCUGCAUCUCCUCUUCCCAGCCCCUCCCCAGAGGGGACCACAUCAACCCUAUCAACCUCCCUGAAUGGAAACACUCUGCCAGUGACCCUUUCUGCAGAGACAUCCCUUCCUGGUGAGUCCACCAGCUUGUCCUAUGCCAGUGUCACCAACACACCCACAGUGACAACAGAGGUGCCCACCAUGACAGCAUCCACAGACUCCACUGCCGAAAACACAGGAGCCACAUCACAGACUGGAACUGCAAGUCAUGUAACAGCCACUUCAGGGGUUUCUGGGACAACAGGACCAGAACCAUCAACUGUUCCAAUAUCCAGCUCCUCCACCCAGGAAACAACUUCAUCUCCUCCACCCAGCCCCUCCCCAGAGGGGACCACAUCAACCCUUUCAACCUUCCUGAAUGGAAACAUUCUGCCAGUGACUCUUUCUGCAGAGACAUCCCCUCCUGGUGAGCUCACCAGCUUGUCCACUUCCAGUGUCAGCAACACACCCACAGUGACAACAGAGGUGUCCACCACAACAGCAUCCAUAGACUCCACUGCAGAAAACACAGGGACCACAUCACAGCCUGGAACUGCAAGUCUUCCAACAGCCACCUCAGGGGUUUCCGGGACAACAGGACCAGAACCAUCAACUGUUCCAACACCCAGCUCCUCCACCCAGGAAACAACUUCAUCUCCUCCACCCAGCCCCUCCCCAGAGGGGACCACAUCAACCCUAUCAACCUCCCUGAAGGGAAACUCUCUGCCAGUGACCCUUUCUACGGAGACAUCCCCUCCUGAUGAAUCCACCAGCCUGUCCUCUUCCAGUGUCAGCAACAUACCCACAGUGACAACAGAGGUGUCCACCACGAUAGCAUCCACAGACUCCACUGCAGAAAACACAGGGACCACAUCACAGCCUGGAACUGCAAGUCAUGUAACAGCCAUCUCAGGGGUUUCCAGGACAACAGGACCAGAACCAUCAACUGUUCCAACACCCAGCUCCUCCACCCAGGAAACAACUUCAUCUCCUCCACCCAGCCCCUCCCCAGAGGGGACCACAUCAACCCUUUCAACCUCCCUGAGUGGAAACACUCUGCCAGUGACCCUUUCUGCAGAGACUUCCGUUCUUGGUGAGUCCACCAGCUUGUCCUAUGCCAGUGUCACCAACACACCCACAGUGACAACAGAGGUGCCCACCAUGACAGCAUCCACAGACUCCACUGCCGAAAACACAGGAGCCACAUCACAGACUGGAACUGCAAGUCAUGUAACAGCCACUUCAGGGGUUUCUGGGACAACAGGACCAGAACCAUCAACUGUUCCAACACCCAGCCCCUCCACCCAGGAAACAACUUCAUCUCCUCCACCCAGCCCCUCCCCAGAGGGGACCACAUCAAAACUUUCCACCUCCCUGAAUGGAAACACUCUGCCAGUGACUCUUUCUUCAGAGACAUCCCCUCCUGGUGAGCUCACCAGCUUGUCCACUUCCAGUGUCAGCAAGACACCCACAGUGACAACAGAGGUGUCCACCACAACAACAUCCAUAGACUCCACUGCAGAAAACACAGGGACCACAUCACAGCCUGGAACUGCAAGUCUUCCAACAGCCACCUCAGGCGUUUCCGGGACAACAGGACCAGAACCAUCAACUGUUCCAACACCCAGCUCCUCCACCCAGGAAACAUCUGCAUCUCCUCCACCCAGCCCCUCCCCAGAGGGGACCAUAUCAAAACUUUCAACCUCCCUGAAUGGAAACACUCUGCCAGUGACUCUUUGUGCAGAGACAUCCCCUCCUGGUGAAUCCACCAGCCUGUCCUCUUCCAGUGUCAGCAACAUACCCACAGUGACAACAGAGGUGUCCACCACAACAGCAUCCAUAGACUCCACUGCAGAAAACACAGGGACCACAUCACAGCCUGGAACUGCAAGUCAUGUAACAGCCACUUCAGGGGUUUCUGGGACAGCAGGACCAGAACCAUCAACUGUUCCUACACCGAGCUCCUCCACCCAGGGAACAACUUCAUCUCCUCCACCCAGCCCCUCCCCAGAGGGGACCACAUCAAAACUUUCAACUUCCCUGAAUGGAAACACUCUGCCAGUGACUCUUUCUGCAGAGACAUCCCCUCCUGGUGAGCUCACCAGCUUGUCCACUUCCAGUGUCAGCAACACACCCACAGUGACAACAGAGGUGUCCACCACAACAGCAUCCAUAGACUCCACUGCAGAAAACACAGGGACCACAUCACAGCCUGUAACUGCAAGUCUUCCAACAGCCACCUCAGGGGUUUCUGGGACAACAGGACCAGAACCAUCAACUCUUCCAACAUCCAGCUCCUCCACCCAGGAAACAACUUCAUCUCCUCCACCCAGCCCCUCCCCAGAGGGGACCACAUCAAAACUUUCAACCUCCCUGAAUGGAAACACUCUGCCAGUGACUCUUUCUGCAGAGACAUCCCCUCCUGGUGAAUCCACCAGCCUGUCCUCUUCCAGUGUCAGCAACAUACCCACAGUGACAACAGAGGUGUCCACCAUGAUAGCAUCCACAGACUCCACUGCAGAAAACACAGGGACCACAUCACAGCCUGGAACUUCAAGACAUGUAACAGCCACCUCAGGGGAUUCCAGGACAAGACGACCAGAACCAUCAACUGUUCCAAUACCCAGCUCCUCCACCCAGGAAACAACUUCUUCUCCUCCACCCAGCCCCUUCCCAGAGGGGACCACAUCAACCCUAUUAACCUCCCUGAGUGGAAACACUCUGCCAGUGACCCUUUCUGCAGUGACAUCCCCUCAGGGGGCAGCUACCAGCAGAGCAAUACCUCCACCUUUUAAAACCUCUCUGACUCUUACAACCUCUGCUCUCUCCACAUCCACAAGUUCCCGCCCAACAACUUCCCCACGCCCUGUCCUGGUUGGGCAAGGUGUUCCCCUCUUCCCUUAUGGGUCCAGCUCUGGAGACCUGCAGUUGUCUAUCAGGACUGUGGACUUCACCUCGCAGCUCUUCAAGCUCCAGAUUGGCUUCCCACUUGGCUUCUCUCUGCGGGAUUCUCUCUACUUCACAGACAAUGGCCAGAUCAUUUUCCCCAAGUCAGAUUACCAGAAGUUCUCCUACCCCAAUCCACCUCUAGGAGGCUUCACAGGAAGGGAACCUGUGGCCAUGGUGGCUCCAUUCUGGGAUGAUGCUGACUUUUCUGGCGGCAGGGGAACCAUAUUUUACCAGGAAUAUGAGACACUCUAUGAUGAAUACAACCCGACAGUUCAGCAGGUGGAGACUUGGAUUGAAAAGUUCACAAACACCUGGAGCUAUAAAGCCAAGUGGACCCUCAAGGUCACAUGGGUCGAUGCCCCUGCCUAUCCUGCCCAGUGGACCUUUGGAACCAACACCUACCAAGCCAUCCUCUCCACAGAUGGGAGCAGAUCCUAUGCCCUGUUUCUCUACCAGAGUAAUGGGAUGCGGUGGGACCUAACCCAGCGCUGGGGCAACGGGGUCCUCAUGGGCUUCUCCAGUGGAGAUGGGUAUUUUGAAAACAGCCCACUGAUGUCCCGGCCAUUGUGGGAGAAGUAUCGUCCGGACCGAUUCUUGAAUUCCAAAUUAGGCCUCCGGGGGCUGCAGGUCUACAGGCUGCACGGGGAAGAAAGGCCCAACUACCGUCUCAAGUGCCUCUGGUGGUUAAAGAGCCAGCCUCAGUGGCCCAGAUGGAACUGGAACCAGAUCUCUUGCCCUUGUUCCUGGCAGCAGGGGCGAUGGGACUUACGGUUCCAGCAGGUCAACAUAGGAUGGUGGGGCUUCCGCGGAAGACACUUGUGCAGCUUCUCCUCCUGGCGUGGUGGCGUGUGCUGCAGCUAUGGGCCCUGGGGAGAGUUUCAAGAAGGCUUUCAUGUGCAGAGUCCUUGGGAGAUUGACAAGGAACUGGAGACACAGAACUGGUGCUGCCGCUGGAACGACAAGCCCUCCUUCUGCAUCCUGUACCAGCAAAGGCGGCCCCGCGUCAGCUGUGCUAGAUACACACCCCCGCGGCCCGCCUGGAUGUUUGGAGACCCCCACAUCACCACCUUGGAUGGUGCCAAUUAUACCUUCAAUGGGCUGGGGGACUUCCUGCUGGUCCGAUCCAGGGAUGGAAACUCCUCCUUCCUGCUGCAGGGCCGCACUGCCCAGACAGGCUCAGCCAGGGCCACCAACUUCAUCGCCUUUGCUGCUCAAUAUAAUUCCAGCGGCCUGGGCCCCAUCACAGUUCAGUGGCUCCUUGAGCGGGAAGACACAAUCCAUGUUCUGCACAAUAACCAGAAUGUGACAUUUGAGACCAACCGUGAAGACCCAGAAGGCCCAGAGAUAUUCAACACCACUGGAGUCCUACUGACCCGCAAUGGCUCCCAGGUUUCAGCCAGCUUUGAUGGGACGGUGGCCAUUUCAGUCAUCGCUCUCUCCAACAUCCUCCAUGCCUCCUCUAGCCUCCCAGAGGAGUAUCGAAACCACACAGAGGGGCUCCUGGGGGUAUGGAACGACAAUCCAGAAGACGACUUCAUGAUGCCCAAUGGCUCAGCUGUUCCCAGAAACAGCUCUGAGGAGACUCUUUUUCACUAUGGAAUGACCUGGAAGGUCAAUGGAUCAGGCCUCCUUGGCAAAAGGAUUGACCAUCUGCCUUCCAAUUUCACCCCUGUCUUUUAUGACCAACUCAUUAACAAGUCCUUGAAUAAACUUUUGAUCUCGGAGUGUAAUGGAGAGAGGCAAUGCAUCUACGACUCCCUGGCCACAAACAACACAGACACCGGGCUGCACACCAAGAUGCUCUUUAGAAGCUACCAGCAGAUGAACACCUCCAUCAAUGAGUACCCGCCCUUUAUAGAUGGUUGCCAGGAGAUCGAAGCCUACAGGGGGCAGACCAAGAUAAUUCAAUGUACAAGCAACUCUCAGGAUGUCACUUUCACCCUCAGAGACCACAAUCCUGACAUGAAUCUCUUUGAGAAUGGUACUCUGCUGUGGACACCAAAGGUGCUGGAGCCAUUCACUCUGGAGAUUCUAGCAAGAAAAGCCAAUGUUAACUUGUCAUCUGUACUCCAGCCCAAGACUGUGGUCUGCUUUUGCAGUGCAGAGAGCCAGUGUAUAUACAAUCAGACCAGAUGGGUGGGCAAUUCCUCCAUGGAGGUGGCCAGCUGCAAGUGUAAUGGGGAGACCUUCGGCCAGUACUGUGAACGCUCCAGGGAUCCAUGUGACGAGCAGUGCUUCCCGGGUGUGCAGUGCCAUCCUGGAGUGGGCUGUGGGGCCUGCCCUCCACACAUGACCGGGGACGGACAUCACUGUGCAGCUGUGGAGGACACUUUUGCCUGUUGGAACCAUUCCUGUCCUGUAAAUUACUGCUACAACCACGGCCACUGCUACGUCUCCCAGACACUGGGCUGCAAGCCCACUUGCACCUGUCCCCCAGCCUUCACUGACGACCGCUGCUUAGUGGCUGGGAACAAUUUCACUCCAACCGUCUAUAGAGAGCUUCCCCUCAGAAUCAUCCGGCUCUUUCUCACUGAAGAACAAAACGCCUCCAUCACAGAUGUCAAUGCCUCGGUGGCAUACCGACUAGGGACCCUGGACGUGCGGGCCUUUCUCUGGAACAGUCACGUAAAACAAACCUCUCUCCCAGCAUCAGCCUCAGGAAAAUCCAUUCAGCAUUGGUUGGUCACCUCGGAGUUCCAGUACCGUCCUCGGGGCCCCGUCAUACACUUCCUGAAUGAGCAGCUGCGGGAGGCCGUGGUGGAGGCCUUCCUCUUCCCAGUAACCUCAGAGAGUUGGAAGAGUCAGGAGCCCCGCAUAGAUGUUGUCUUCCACCCCAUCUCCUGGGAAGAUGUGCGGGAUGUGAUGGCUCUGAACCUGAGCAUGCUGGAUGAUUACUUCAAAUGCAAUGGCUACAAGGACUAUCACCUUGUCUACAGCCCCCAAAGUGGCGUCACUUGUGUAUCCCCAUGCACUUUAGGCUACUGUCAACAUGGAGGCCAGUGCCAACACCUGCCUAAUGGACCCCGCUGCAGCUGUGUGCCCUUCUCCAUCUACACGCCCUGGGGCGAGCAUUGUGAACACCUGAGUAUGAAACUCGGCGCAUUCUUUGGGAUCCUUUUUGGGGCCCUGGGAGCCCUCCUGCUGCUGGGGAUUGUGGCUUUUGUGAUCCUGCACUUCUGGCGCAGCUCCAGAACCAGGAGCUCCUACCCGCUGGACUCGGAGAGUUGAGAACUCGCCCCGAAUGGGCAGCUGUGGCCGACGAUACCUCAGGACCCACCCCAUCCUCAAUACUCACUUCAGGGAGACUGGAAAGGGAAAGGUGAAAGCCGGUGAUUGGGGGUUCUUCAAGAAUGAAUAAUGGGAAUGAAGUCAAGACCGUACCUUAUUAGGAGACCCAAGUGCCCAGGCAGGAGCCAUAAAGACCAAAGCAUGUAACUAGUUGGGUUCUCUCGCACAGACAUACAUAGGCUUAAGGAGGACACUGGCCCACUGUGAAUGUAUACACACACACACACACACACACUCACUCACAUACACACACACGCAGUGAGUUGUUAAUGGGGUGACUGGCUCUAAGUUAACAAAAGUGCUUUUGCCAAAAUUCUCUGGUUUACUUCUGAUUAAAGUCUAUUUAAAUAAAAUCUCUCUGACUUGUGUCUCCAAACCAUGAUUCCAUUCCUGAUUUUUUCCUGGUGAUGCAAGGGCUGGACACAGGCUUCUCCAGCCACCAGAAGACACACAGAUUGGAAGUUAAACAUUAAGCAGGUGGCAGGGAAGCAGGGGGCUGGGCCCAGUCCUACCUCAGUUGUCAGUUACUCCAUAUUGGGAAGCCUACGUUGCCACAACCCUGACUUGGGUCCUCUUUUCCUAUCACCUUCUUUCCCCACCCCAACAGACACUGCAAUGCUUUAGACGUGGUUUGUCCCCCAAAAAUGCAUGUGCUGUAGGCCUGGUCUUCUGUGGCAAUGUUGAGGUGGGAGAUCCUUUAAGAGGCAGGGCCUAGUGCAAGAUAGUUAGGUCAAGGGGGCAUCGCCCUCAGAAGGGACUGAUGAACUUUUUGAAGAGCUCUCAGUUUUGAGAGGGGUUUUUUUUGUAAAGUGAGCAUACCUCAUGCCUUUGGUGCUCUCGCAUGCAGCAGGUUACCUUUCUGUUUUUUUCCUGUUUUGUGACCCAGUCAAGGGGACCCUCACCAGAAGUCAAAAGAUGAGGCCACCUAAUCUUGGGUUUUCAACCUCUGAAACUGUGAAUUAAAUAAUCUUCUUUAUUAAGCACCCUGCUUCAGACAUUUUGUUAUAGCAACAGAAAAUAUUAGGAGAGGUGGUAUUAAAAGUAUAGUUGUCAGGAAAUAAAACUAUGGGAUGCCCAGUUAAAAUUAAAAUUCAGAUAAAUUACCACCAUAAAUAAGUUUUUAGUAUAAGAAUGUCCCAUUGAAUAUUUUUACAAAGUUAUUUAUUGUUUACCUAACAUCACUGGUAGUCUGUAUCUUAUCAGGCAACCGUGGUCAAAACAGUUUUAGAAAGAAAAGCAAUGGAGACCAUGUGGAGGGUAGUUUGGGCCGGGGGAGAUGGUUCCAUUUAAAGAAAAUAAGAGGACAAAAUAAUAUCACAUGAACUUCUUUCUUUUCAUGAUAAUAAAUAUACACCUCAACAUUUC